AUGGACACUCUCCUCUUUGGCGCGGGCGCUGUCCCGGCUGUCUUCAAGCCGGUGGCACCUACGGAAGGGCAUCACAGCAGCCCUCUCUCAUCCACCAGCACCGGAGAGCGCGACCUGGCCGUGCUCCCGCGGCACACGCGCUGCCUCGUCGUCGGCAACAACCGUACCAAGGCCAGCCUGAUCGGCGUGGAGGUGGUCGUUCAGAAAGCCACGGGCUUGGGAGGCUGGCACCACGUGUUUCUGCCCACUGGUGAGGAGAUCAAGCUGCAGAGGAACGCGCUCUCGAUCGUCGAGCUGGGACCUCCGGAGUCCCAGCAGUCCUCUGAGGACGAGCUGGAGGCCGACCGCGACCCACUGAGGCUUGAGGUUAACGAACGCAUUAGGAUCCGCAAGGCGCCCCGCUCCCUGUCGCCGGUGCCAGACAUGUUCAAGCCCUCGUCGUCACGGCCCAGCAGCAGUGGAAGCGGGAGCGGCGGCAGCAGUGGCGGCCGUUACCACCCCUACAGCCCCCCCGGCGCCACGAUUAAUAGCCGCACAAGCAGCGAGUCACUCGACCUGUGCAAGCUGGAGACAGCAUCCCUGCGCCGCUACCGCCGCGUGCACCAGCUGGGAGAGGUCGAGCCCACCGCUCCGCGCGAGCAGCUGGCCAGCGCCGUCAGCCGCCACUUCCGCAGCCAACUGGUCGCCGACGAGAGCGGCGUGCUGCUCGCGUUCUGCGCCGCGCUGCGGCGCCGCUCCUCGGCUGGCGGCGGCGGCGGCUUUGACGUGUGCGACGUCUGA